CAUUGGCAUACUACUACUACUACCAACUAAUCCUUGUCAUACCAGCAGCGCCCGAUAACGACACAACCUCUCCUCCCGCCAAACGCCUCAGGACCGACACCGACGCCGCCGACGCCUCGGAAGCCCCCCAAGACGCCCCAAUUGCACCUCCUCCCGCAGAAGAACAGACAAAAGAAGCAGAAGCGCCAGCUGCUGCUGCUGCUACUACCACUACCGCCACCACUACUCCCACCAUUACGAAUCCCACAAUGUCCGUGAUGGAGGCCGCCGUCCCGCUGCACGUCAAGAAGCUCUCGCCGCAGGCCAGGCUGCCCACCCGCGGCAGCGCCUUUGCCGCGGGCUACGACCUGUACGCUGCCAAGGACACGGUUGUGCCGGCGAGGGGAAAGGUGCUUGUCGAUACCGACAUUAGCAUUGCCGUGCCAGCUGGAACGUACGGCCGCAUUGCUCCCCGCUCGGGCCUCGCCUCCAAGCACUUCAUCGACACCGGCGCGGGCGUCAUCGACGCCGACUACCGCGGCCCCGUCAAGGUCCUCCUGUUCAACCACGCGGACGCCGACUACGAGAUCAAGGAGGGCGAUCGGAUCGCGCAGCUCGUGCUCGAGAGGAUUGUCACGCCCGACGUUGUCGAGGUGGAGGAGCUGGAGGAGAGCGUUCGGGGUGCCGGUGGCUUUGGAAGCACGGGCAAGAACUAAGCAGACUUACCUAGGAAGUAACACGCGAUCAUGAUAUGAAAUAUGAAAAAUGAUACAACAUGGCAUAGGGCGGAUUC